AUUCAUCAGUGGUCAGUCUCCCCAAAUUCUCACUAGUAGCCGGAAUUUUGUUUUUGAUUUCCCCGGCAGCUUCCUGAUUCGUCUCGUCAGAAUCAGAUCCGAAUCGGAUAAUCCGUCUCCCCGUUUCCCGCUGUCCUGCAAGGCUUCUCAUACCCCCUGCGGUGAUUCUUUCUACCACAGGGUUCAGAAUCCGUCGCAUCCAGCUUGCUCGACGCCGCCGCCAGAAAUCACCAUGUCUCGGACUGUCUACAUUGGGAAUUUGGACGAGAGGGUGAGUAACAGGGUGUUGUAUGAUAUUCUAAUUCAAGCGGGCAGAGUGGUGGACUUGCACAUUCCUCGCGACAGAGAAACUGAUAAGCCUAAAAGCUAUGCAUUUGCAGAGUACGAGUCCGAAGAGGUUGCUGAAUAUGCUGUCAAGCUAUUUACCGGCCUCGUUACCCUUUACAAUAGGACCCUGAGAUUUAAGAUCUCCACCUCAGAAAAGGCUUCACCGAGUCUUCCAAAUGGACACUCCACGCCGCUCUCUUCUACGAAAUCUAGGCCGCAUGGGAUGCCAAUUAAUGACUCUGAUUUUGCUAGGCAGACCAUGAGCAUGCGGGCACCAGGCUCAGCUUAUUCUUCCAACCAAGUUUCCCCUGCCCCAACAACCUAUCCUAGUAACGGAUACGGUUCACAUUACAAUGGUCAUGAUAACAAUCGGAGAGUAUAUGGGUCCCCACACGAUUCCCUUAGCCGUUCUAGGUUUGGACGUUGAGUAACCUAGAAAAAACUACAGCUUGCUUGCAGUCUAGAUAUAGAGGUGUUUUUUCUAGGAUGCUGAAUUCUCUGCUGUAGUGCUGAUGCUUGUAGAGCAAGGGGCUAAUCGAUGAUCGAGAGUAGUGGCUCAAGCUGUGAAUAUGUAAACGGCUAGGAGAAAGGUGUUGUGCUUAACUCUUAGCCAUCUUGUAGACUAAAUUAUUGGUAGUAUUCAUUCUGGCUCAUAAAUGUUGUCUGUGAUUCUCCAGUUUAGUGAAUCAUGUUAUAGUUAGUGCCAGUGGAUUUGAGACUCAAUCAUCUCCUUGUUGCUUUCUCUUCUUCCAUGGUUUUUCUUUAUCAUGGAGUUACUCCAUCUCCAACUUGUUAUUUAUUCUUAAGCUGCUGCUCGUUGUUGCAUCAUCAUCUUCAUCUUUCAGUGAGGUGUUUUGAUGUGGCCGAGCAUAGCAAGUGUUGUUGUUGUCAUUUGUCUUCACCCUAAAGGUUGUGAACUGGUGAUGUGUCUUAUAGUUUGUUUAUGGAACAUGUAUGGUUUCUCUGGUGGUCAAACUGUCACUGCUUUCAAGCUUUUUAUGGGCACUGAGAGUGUCUGUUAAUGAAACAUUGUCUUAAAGUGCUCUGCCCUUGCUGUUUGUAAGGUUUUAUUUGCAGUUUCAACUAAAUUUGCUUAUGCUGUCGCGGACCAACCUGGUAGGACUAGAUGUUUGGGAGCGAGACUUUAAUCAAUGAUCUCCUUGUCCUAUACCGGUUCUGCUGGUAUUGCUACUUGUCCAGCUUGUGCAUGUAUACGAGGUGAGUCUGAGUAUGAGCCAUAUGCAUGGUUUCCAUACUGCCAGACUGCUGUCACAUUGAUUCAACGUCCAUUUCUCUCUGCUGGAAUUGAAGAUAUGGUGUGAACCCUUUUUAUAUGGUUGGUUGAUAGAUAACCAUUUCUGUCUAUUGAAAAGAUGGAAAGCCCUCCGGACCCUCUUACCAGUGGCCGGCGGGUAACCAUCAAGGAAUAUAGUGCAGCAACGGCCUUCACCGAGCCAUGAUGGACCUGAGCAAGCUUUGGCGCAGCCUGUACCUGAGUACAUGGACUUGGUUAAUACGUUGAAUGGGAGACUAUUUGGUACCAGCCAUCAUGGUAUUAGGUACGCAGCUUGGUAUCUGGUCCAAUUGUUUGGUGCCUAGCUGCCCCUAGUCCGUAUGAGCCGCUAAUAAUCAAAGGAUUUGGCUGUCCCGUCGAAAGGGUACGUGAUGGUGAAGAAGCAGAUGAUAGUGAGGUUCACGAAAUGAGGUAAAGAAAUGAGGGAUGCUGGUCAUCUCCGUAACUCUUUUCUUCCUCAAUCCGGUUACAGUCUUCACCGCUUUUGGUGAGGACCUCUAUCCAUUUUACUUAGAAAAUCCUAUAGCCCCAACUGGGGCUGUCAAAAUGGGUUGAGAAGCAUUGACGGUUGAAAGUCGAUGAAUUUCUAACUGGUUUCAAUUCAGAUAAAACCGAAAGCUGCUAAAAUCUAAACCCACAUUCCGAGACACAUACACACUGAAAAAUGGUUUGUUCAAACUGAAAUCGAACAAUUAACGAUGCUUAACUGUUUCGACUAGCCAUUAUCCUUAUACUUUUUUUCGUAGAAGUGCCUUAUCGGUUUUAUGAGCAUAGCAGUUAGGUAUCGCUACGAGUAAAUACUCAUUGUUUUGUGGUGUAUUGAUAUUGGUUUUGUGAAUGGAUAAUGCUAAUUUCUUUCAAACUUUGUGAUGGCUAGUCAGUCAAAUAUCGUAGCUUGAAAGUUUGAUCAUGGCUUUCUCAUUUUGCCUUCAUCAUCCCCAAAUAGGCAUUGAUCGCGAAGAUUGAUCGUUUGCGGUUGCUCAACACCAAAUGAGAUGUAAGGAAAACUCCAGAGUAUACACAUAGAGACUCAUUUAGCCAUCAAUCGUAAAGUUGUUUGCUUCACUGUAAACUAGUACAAAAAAGCAAGAAGAGAAAAAGCUCUUGUUUUUAUAGAAUCACGGUCUUUUUGCAAAUGGGGUUUCUUAUGUUUCACUCUAUAAUUGGCAUAAGAAAUUUUACAAAUAAUGUAACAAGUAGCUAUCCAUCUCUCUUGAAAUAAAUUUCAAUGAGUAUG